CUUAUAUAAUACUAGACUGCAUUAAAUUUAGUCUAUUUAGAAUUUUUUUUGUGACAAGAACAGUGAUAAUAAAUAAAAAUGAAGUAUUGGAUUAUUUUGAUAAAUAUUUCAUUAAUUUAUUUUUCUAGCUAUCCUUCAGUUGUUGGAGGAUAUACCUGCCAUCCGGACGACUGUGUCUCUUCUUCCGUGUGUGAUAUAAUGGAUACAAAAGCCGAAGGAGGAUGCGACACAGAAACUCAAGUUUGUUGUUUAAUGGUUAAUACAGAGUUUAGAAACAAAUGUAGCCAUUAUCAAGGGGAAUGUAUGGAUUCUUGUGAUGACUUCAUGACACAAAAAGUUGAUGUUGAUGAUUGCCCUGAUGGUUCUGUUUGUUGUGCAGCUGCAUUGUAAUAAUUAUGUCUAAUAAUUAUUCAUAAAAUAUUUAAAUAAAAAAAAGUAUGAAUUAAAA